AUGAAUGAAUUAAAGCAAGUAUACCUCAAGGCUUGGGCAUGGCUAAUAAGAGUACCUCCAAAAUGUUGGUGUAAGCAUGCAUUUAGUUUUUACCCUAAAUGUGAUGUACUGAUGAACAAUAUUGUCGAGUCUUUUAAUGCCACAAUUUUAGUAGCUAGGGAUAAACAUAUAAUAACCAUGUGCGAAUGGAUUAGAAAGUACUUAAUGAAUAGGCGCAAUACUUCUGCAAUGGAACUUGAAAAAUGCCAACACAAGGUUACACUAAUUCUUAGAAAGAGAUUAGAUAAUGAGGUGGCUAUGAGUGGUCAUUGGUUGCCAACUUGGGCUUUGGAUGAAAAAUUUCAAGUUACUCAUUCUUAUAACAGACAGGAAUUCAUAGUUGACAUUGACAAAAUGUCUUGUAAAUAUAACUUCUGGGAGAAAAAAUAUACCCUUUGUUAUGGUUUUGCUGUGAGUCCCACUAAUGGACAGGAAAUGUGGCCUAAAGUUGAAUGUGAAGAGAUUCCACCUCCUAGGUACAAAAAAGGUCCUGGAAGACCAAGAAAAUUAAGAAUUAGGGAGUGUGGCGAGGAAGGUGCUAGAAGAAGAUUUUCUGGUGUAUCUUAUAGGUGUGCAAAGUGUGAUAAGUUUGGGCACAAUGUCGAGUCAUGCAAUAGCAAAAAACAAGAUCCAAAUGCCUUGAAAAGAAAGAAAAAGAUCAAGUCUGAUGCAUGUACAAAUCCAACCGCUGAGGUGAAUGCUAAUCAACCAAAUCAAACAACUGAUGUAAGUCAACAUGAUGGUUCUGCUCAACCCAACCAACCAACUGAGGCAAGCCGACAUAAUGCAAUCACACCAGAUACAUGA